AAGGUAAUUGAAACCAACCCUAAGCUCUUUUUAUCUCCGCCCUAAAGGUAGCCCCGAUUAUUGCUGACUUAAGCAUCGGAAUGUCUACCCCGAGUUCCACCUCGGGGCUUUGCAGGUCAUCUCGGAGUACAAGCGCGGAUUGAAAAAGGACUUCAGGUUUGGUGCAAUUACACUUUCUAUGUUCCAUUCCACUCAAUUUCCAUCUCUCAUCCAUACACAUAGAAAGUACACACACAACACAAGCAGGAGCUGAGAAGAAGAGAAAGCAGAAUCAGCGUUGAAUGUCUGCACCCUUCCAUGUUUAUGGCUUUAUGUUCCAUGUCAUGUUUCUAAGUUCUACUACUUCGACUCUCCGCCAAGUCCUCUCUCAAUCCCCCCUUUUUACCAGCAAAAAUCUAACAAAGCAUAAACCCCAAGUCAAAGAGGCAGUUACCAACGCCAUCACUGGCUCCAACAACUCAGUUGUUUUUACUGGUUUUGUUAUCGACAUGUUCUGCACGUCAAUGAUAGAUGUGGCUCAUGAAUUUGGCAUGCCUAGAUACAUGUUUUUCACCUCAGGUGUUGCUCUCCUCAAUCUCAUGUUCUACGUACACGAACAAAACAUUGACACCACCAAGCUCAAAGGUGUAGUUGCAAGGGAACUUGGGUACUUCGGGGUCCUGUUUGCUCACUUCAGUAGACCUGCAAAGCCCCGAGGUGGGUCCUCGGGGUAGACACUUCGAUGCCUAAGUCAGCAAUAAUCAGAGCUACCAAAUGUGAAUCAAGAGAUAAGUUUGAC